AUGCUUUCAUCUGUCAAAAUUGUGUCACUUGUCAUAAUUUGCUUAGAUUUAAAUAUAAAAUGUAUAAUCUUUGGUUACACGAAGUAGUCUUGUAUAUGUUUUAUAUUUUCUACAAUCAUUUGAUUGAAUUGGAAUUAAGUGUGGUAUUGUCUAAUAAUUUUUUAGUCAGCGUUAUCUAGUACAAUUAGCUGUCUCUAGGAUGGAUGAAGUAACAGGUUCAAGCAACACGAAACCAAGUAGCCGGAAAUUUCUGUCAAAAGAAGAGAAACAAAUGGUGUAUAGGGUGUACAAAGGUUUAAAAUGUACACUUCCUACAAUAGAAGCUGUGUAUCGAUGCUCAUUUCUGACGGGGGUGUCAGUAGCGACAGUUUUUCGCAUUAUGAACGAAAAGAAGGUGACUGGAACAGUGCAAUCACGUGUUUACGGUAGAAAAAAGAAAAAAUUAGAUAGCUCUCAAGACGAUAUGAUAUUGCAUCUUGAUGACACUGAACAAGAACCCAACAAUGUUUUUACUGAAGAGCUAAAACUUGAUAUCGAAGAACACCAUUUGGAUGAAACAUGGAAAAAUCUACAAGACAACGAUCAAAACAGUAACGAUACUACUGAAUUUGUUUCAGUAAAGGAAGAAAUGUUUGAGUUAGCUUCAAUUAAACAAGAAAAUGAUGAACUAGUUUUGACAAAACAAGAAAAUAAUGCAGUGGACAAACUUGUGAAACAGGAAAUUGGAUUAAUAGACGAACUUGUUCAAAAGAGACAAGAAAAUGAUAUAACUAUAGAAAUUAUUCAAGUGGAACACGAAAAUGGAGCCAAAGAUCAUUCAAUUCCAUGUAUAAACUCCAAAAGAAAAGCUAUUGAUUAUCCAGAUGGAAAAUCUGAUUUUGUUUCUGUGAAAAAUUCCAAGCCUACAUGAAUAGGUGCGUAAAUUACUUUGAAAUGUACCAGAACAUAACUGAAACUGAUGGAUUAUGGAACAAUUCGUAUUCAGCAUGAAGUUGAAGAUGACAAUAUUGUACAACAACAAGAAUAAUAAAGCAAAUAGAUACCCGAAUGUUUCUUUCGCAAAUUUAUGUUGGUUACAAGAAAUAAAUAUUUUAAAUUGCUAAAAUUAUUGUAAAUUUUGAAACGAAAUUUUUAUUGUGGGAUUUGAUGGGACGAACAAUAUAAAACUGAAUAAAUCCUCCUACCAAUCUCCAUUCCAAUUGAUACCUUUAACGCAUUUAUUGUUCCCAUGCACAAAUGAGUUAAAUCCUUAUUACAGUUCCCUGUUAUACUGUAAAUACAUUAUUUAAAUGAAUGUGAACGAGUAAGACACUAUUCAAACGUGCUCUAUCCUGCUUCCAAUAUUAAUAUUGUAACAUACCAGUUUUUACUCUCAUGGCCAUUAUCGUACCCGUACAUAUUGUACUUAACAUUUUUUGCAAUUAGUUUUAAAUUAAAUCUGAAAUGUAUAUGUGCUUGAUAAAAGUACGGGUUUUAUUAUUGCGAAAGUUGAGUCAAAUAAUAAGCAAACGAAAAACUGUUUUUCACAAAUAGUAUUUUAAUUUUAUUUAUUUAUAGGUUAUAUAUACAAUCAGCGAUGCCAACAAGACGCAAAUGGACUAAUUUGAAUCGUCGAACAAUGAAAUCUGGAGUCAAGCAAGAUAUGAGAGCACAAAGAUCAAUCGAACAAAUCCAAUAAAACAAUACAGAUAGCUA